ACUUGAUAGUACCAAGAUCAAUAUGUCAAUUAUCGAGAAAGAAGUUAAAGAAAUAUUUCUUCCCUCGUAUAGAGGCGCAUUAACCGAGGGGAUCACCUACAACCCGGCUAAUCAUACCUUACUUUGGGUGGAUAUAAUUGCAGCCGAAAUCCAUCGAGUGAAAUUAAAUGAGGAGGAUUCUGCAAUUGAAACAUCUCAUGAAUUUAUUAAAUUUCAAGAUGAGGGGGAAUCAAUUGGAGCCAUUGCACUUACUCAUAAUGAAAAUAUUGUCCUCGCAUGCACCAAAUAUGGAGUUACAACGGCAAAUUUUGAAACAAAAAAUUUUAAUUACAUUUUAAAAUAUCCUAAACAUCAUUUACAAUUAAGAUCCAAUGAUGGGAUCAUUGACCCUUGGGGCCAUUUAUGGAUCGGUACCAUGAAUGAUUUCCAUGUUGGAUCUGUCAAGCCAGAGGGGAGUCUCUAUCGAAUCAAUUGCCAUGAUUUAUCCAUCACGGAAAUGUUGACCGAAUGUAGUAUCCCUAAUGGAUUGGCAUUUUCUUCAAGGGGUAAUAAAUUGUUUUGGACAGAUUCCUUAACAUUUACCAUUUGGGAAUUCGACUACAACCACGUGACCAACACUUUAAGUAAUCGGAAAGAAUUUAUAAAUACAAAUAAAUUAUCAGAAUUACAAAAAAUUAAAAGUCCAGAACCAGAUGGAUUCACUAUGAAUGGGAAAGAUGAAAUCUAUUCAACUAUUUAUUCACUGUCUAAAUUACUUCAUUUUAAUUCCCAAGGUGAAAUAAUUGAAAAAUUUUUAAUUCCUGCUAAAAAUGUUACUUGUGCAACCUUUGGCGGGCGUGCGCGCACCAGUUUGUAUAUAACCAGUGCACAAAUUGAAUUAAAUAAUUUAAAAGGAGUAAAUGAUAAAGAAGGUGAUUUAGGAGGGUAUUUGUUUAAGAUUUCUUGUCCUCAAGAAACUUGUGGGGUUGAUAAGAAUAUUUGGGGAGGUAAAGUGUAA